GGAAGAAAAAUAAAACAUAACACUGGAAUAAGGAUUAGAAUCACGAGAUGUUGACACUGGAUUGAUCCUAUGUCGAAUUAAAACAAUGACAUGAAAACCAAGAAGAUUAGUGCCAUGGAUUUAUUACAGUUUUUUAAUGAUAUAAGUUACAUUACCAUUACGAUUCCAAAGUAAGCCAUCCAGUAACAGUCUACACCACAGAACAUUAGGAUGGAUGACAGCUACGAUUCUCCGGAAGUCGUCACUGGCAAAGAACGACAAGACAAAACAGCCAGACUGGUGUUUAACAGGGACAACCUAAAGGAGCUUCGCACUGCCGUCAAUGGUUUGUUUGAUAUAUUCCACGAUAUUCUGGAAAAAGAUUUCGAAUUUGGAGCCUUUUUUAAAGUAGAAGAUAUCAUGAAACGACUUGAGUAUGUGGACGAAGAGCAUUGGAGACCUAUUCGAAUGAGGUACCUAGAUGAAGUGCGACAUGGUUACUGUAACGGUAACUUCAGUGACGACGAACUCAAAUGUCCUGCCAAACUAAUGCUUGACCUACUUACAUGUUUAAAGUACUUACGGGAUGGUGUUUACGAUAAAAUCGACCAAAAACAUUACGAAAUUUUAGAAAUAGAGAGAAAGACGGCAGAAUUCAGAAAUCAAUCUGAUUUCAUACAAGGACAAUUGAUGGAUGAAAAAUUACGAAUGGCACAGAAGGUUAUCGACGCAGCGCGACAAGAGGGAAAACUUCAAUACUUAGAAAAGUCGUUACAGGAAAAGAAUGACAAACUCCAGGAGUUACAAAGAACGAGCUCUGCCAAUCUGUGGGGAAAGGAAAAGGAGCGGAUACUUAAAGACUCGAAUAAAAGAAUCGCAGAACUUGAACAAGAAUUAGCAAACGUGCGGCAUGGUCAGGAAAACAUGAACAGAAGAAUGUCGAAAAUUGAUGACCAAUAUAAAUCGUUGAAGUUACGACAAGAGAAGACCAGCGGAAGCCUGGGGAGUGACUCAGACGGCGAUGAGGUCAACUCACUGAAAAGAGAUAGUUAUGUUAAGGAAAAGGAUAUUGCCCACCUAGAAGGAGAACUGUACACUCAACAAAAGUUAUUUGUUGGCGUGUUGGGUGGAAUCCGGACAGACAUCAACAAGCUAAGUGAGCGGUUUUACGACACUGAGACACACACGAGAGAUUCCGCUUUUGUUAAGCUGAGCCGGACGCUAGAUAAGCUAUACGACGCAACGUGUCAGGCAAAGCUGGAGUCCGCCAAGAUGAUGUUACCCCCUCAUUACACUUACUACGACACUGAAUUAAAGCUAAGACGCAUCCGACGAUUAUCGAGAGUUCCUUCCGUACCCCAAAUUAUUUCACAAAUUCCACCUAAGCCAUGUUUCAUCAAAGAGUAUACCCCUCCCUCACAAAUCAACGGAAGUCUAGCCAGACGACGCAACGAGGUUAUGAUGCCGCCUGUCUCGGAGAACCCUGUGAUUGUUGAUCCCAACACAGACAGGCUCAACGGUACUGUUUACCUUCGACAUUUUGCUCACAUGUCACAGAAGUUUCUGUUAGAUCAUUGGAGCAAAUUUAAAGAGUUUGAUAAAAAUGGCGACAGGACACUGGACGUGCAAGAGGUUACUAAAAUUUUGACGUCACUUGGCUGUGCGUUUACCCCUGGACAGAUCGAGGAGGCCAUGAAGGAAGUAGACGUGGACAACUCUAACACACUCGACUUUUACGAGUACAUGUUGGUGGUCGAAAAAGUUGUUCGGAGAUCAGGGAAAGCUCAUUUGUACAAAAAAGGUCUGGCCAAAGAAAACAAUGCCGAGGUUUCAAAAGCUUGUGUGGUACAAUAAUGUCCGUGCUAAACAGAUCUAUAGAAAAUACAGAAUGGGCUAUACAACAACGUGCUAUUGAUUACCAUAGUGAUGAGUGCCAAAAGUAUCUGGUUUCCUUGGGGGACAGUAUAAUGCUCUUGGGUAACCAUACUGAAUAGUGACUUAAGGAAACCAACAUGGUUGCCCGCCCUCACGCCAGGAUAAUAUUUCCUGGUUACUAAAUGCAAAAAUGUGUCGAUGACACAAUCAAGACAAAAUGGAUACGUUGCCAAAAGAAAAAUGUUAUCCAAUUAUAUAUCUACCACAGUUUAUAUUGACGCAUUGAAAUUGUGGAAACAUUUGGUACAAAUAAACAUGUUAAGUCACGUCGGUUAUAAAUUGUUAUGUGGUUACCAUAUGAAAUGUGGUUACUAUAUGAAACAUUGAUACAUAACAUGUCCGGUUACCUUGGAUACAAGAUGUAUUGGAACCGUCUUGUCUUCGUUGGUGAGUGGACAGUGUGGACACAUACCAACAUGCCUGGUUAAAAUUUGAUAUGAGGAUCCUAGGAAAGUGAUGUGUCACUGAAUCACGAAAAGUGGCACUUCUGCAACCUAAAUGGUUGUCAUGGCGACAGACAUUAGAAAAAUGACAUUGGAAGAGUAGUGAUCGAGAAAUGGGUAACUAGUAAACACUAACCUAUGUGAAACAUUUCAUGCAAGUGUGCGAGCCGUUUGACACAAUCAUUGUUUUAUUAUGUAAGAGACUUGAAAUGUUGGAAAGGCUCGAACAACAAAACGUUGAUUUACUCAAAUAUUGAUGAGAUUUUAUGCCACCAAACCUAUUCGUGGCACAUAUCAUAACUCCUUUCAUCAAUUAAUUAUCAUUUUACGUAAUUCAAAUUCGCAACAUAUCCACAACUCACUCAGAUUUCAUUGGCUUAAUGAAAUAUUUCAUGAUUCUUAAGUGUGUAUUUCUCUUACAAAAAUAUCUCAAUCAUACGCCGAAGUGCUAGUGAAUAUGUUUCCCCUUGUCAUGUAACAAUCAUGUGAACAUUGUUUAUAUUUUAAUCCAUAUUAAUGAAUGUAUGUACACGUAUGAUACAUAUUACAAAUGAAUGUAUACGCUGAAUAUCUAUAGAACGAAUACCAUCGGAUUGUUUGCAUAAGAAGAUAAUUUUGAACCCGAAACGUAGUAAUUAUAUUUUUGUUAUAUAGCAUGAAUCUUUCCAGAAACGAAAUGUUAAAAACAUGUUUUAUUAUUAUAGUGUUCUUUUGCUCUGUAAAACAUAUUUAAUGUGCACUUACUAUACUACAAAGAGCUGUAAAAGGAAGAAACCUACUGUUUAACCUUAAAAAACAUCCAUGCAUAAACUAUUAAAAUGCUUAGUACAGAAAAUAUUACGGAACUAUGUAAUCUAAGGAAAUUUUGCGUAGAGCCUUUGAAAUUAUGUCACAUCUCUUGUCUAUAAAAUGAGAGAAUUAUAUAUUUAUAUAAGAGACUUGAA